AUGGGGGGACUGGGGUUCCCCAACCCACCGAGCAGCGAGGGCAAAUCGGUCCAGCCCUUCAGCUUCCCGCGAAAUCUAUAGGCGGCGGCGCGAAGCGAGACUGGACUGGAGUUUGGGGGAAAAAUUUCGCGGGCCGGGCGCGAGCAGAGCCGGAGCUGUAGCCGCCGCCGCCUCUGCCUCCGCCUCGAGAGGGGAGAUGGGGAAGGAGCGGGAGCGGGAGGAGCAGGUGGCCAUGGUGCGCGCCGUGCUCGGCGACGGCAUGCCGGAGAUGGACAUCAUCCGUGCGCUCCACAUGGCCGGCGACGACCCCACCAAGGCCAUCAACAUCCUCCUCGACUUCGACCACAAGCCGCCCCCGCCGCCUCUCCGGCCGACGCCCUUGCCCUCGCCCUCGCCUCCGCCGGGGAAACCCGCCAAAACCCUCGCCGAGUCGACCCCACCAAGCAAAGCCCCUGCCCGGCCCAAGCCCACGGCAGAGAAACCUAAGGCCGCGCCUGCGCCCGCGACAACCAACGGCAACGGCGCCGGCGAGCACUGGUGGCUGGUUGGGAGCGCCGAGAUGGCGGGGCUGUCCACCUGCAAGGGCAGGCGGAUUGCCCCCGGGGAUGCGGUCACCUUCUCCUUCCCCAACGCGGCGGCGGGGAAGAGCCGUCCCGGCCGCUCCUCCCUCGCUUCCUGCUCCUCCGAGAUCAUGCGCUUCUCCACCCCGAACCAUGGGGAGGUUGGUCGCAUUCCCAACGAAUGGGCGCGUUGCCUGCUUCCCCUACUCAAGGAGAACAAGAUAAAAGUUCAGGGCACCUGCAAAUCAGCUUCUGAGGCGCUUAGCAUUAUGGACACUGUCCUCUUGUCGGUGAGUGUAUAUAUGAACAGCUCAAUGUUUCAUGAUCAAAAGCAAUCGACACCCAAGGCAGCUCGGGUUGCUCCGGAGGAAUCGACAUUUUAUCCACUACCUGCACUUUUCAAAUUGAUUGGACUUGCCCCUUAUAAAAAGGCCGCAUUUACUCCAGAAGAUCUUUAUUCCAGGAAGCGACCAAUGGAGACAAAGAGCAGUAUUGGAGCACCUGCCACAAAGUUGAGAUCCGAGAAUAUGAGAUUCGUUUCUGGUGGAAAUGAAGAUGAUCAAGGCGAAGUAACUGUUUCAGAUUCAGAUUUAGAUGAUCUAAUUGGGGUCUCAGACAGCUCUGCGCUGGAGGAAAGGGAUCCCCCUGAUUCUCUGCUGUGUGAUCUACGCCCUUAUCAAAAGCAGGCCCUUCAUUGGAUGCUGCAGCUUGAGAAAGGCAGUUCUUCCCAGAAUGCAGCUACAACCCUUCACCCUUGUUGGGAAGCAUACAAACUCGAGGACAAGAGGGAGCUAGUUUUGUACUUGAAUGUCUUCUCAGGCGAUGCUACAACUGAAUUUCCUAGUACACUACAACUUUCCAGAGGAGGGAUUCUGGCAGAUGCAAUGGGACUGGGGAAGACUAUUAUGACAAUAGCUCUUCUUCUUUCUGAUUCUAGCAAAGGAUGCAUCACAACUCAGAAUACUACUCACAUAUCUGGAGAAGCCAGUGGGUUGGGUGAAUCGCAAGAUGCUGUGAAGAAGCUUGCUAGCCCUUUCUCUUUUAGUAGGCAGAGGACACUCAAGGCCCCACUUAUUGGAGGUGGCAAUCUAAUUAUCUGCCCAAUGACACUAAUAAGUCAGUGGAAGGCAGAGAUUGAAGCUCAUACUAAGCCAGGUGCUGUGAAUAUAUAUGUUCACUAUGGACAAAACAGGCCAAAGGAUGCAAGCUUUAUUGGUCAGAGUGAUAUUGUCCUAACUACAUAUGGUGUUGUGUCAUCAGAAUUUUCAAUCGAUGGCUCAACGGAACAUGGGGCUUUGUACUCGGUACAUUGGUUCAGAGUUGUGCUUGAUGAAGCACACAUGAUAAAAUCUUCUAAAAGUUUGAUAUCCCUAGCUGCGGCUGCUCUGACUGCUGAUCGGCGCUGGUGUCUCACUGGUACGCCAAUUCAGAACAACUUGGAGGAUUUAUACAGCCUUUUCCGGUUUCUGAGAGUUGAACCAUGGAGGAACUGGGCUUUGUGGAAUAAACUUGUACAAAAACCAUAUGAAGAAGGUGAUGAAAGAGGCUUAAAGCUAGUGCAGUCCAUUUUGAAGCCAAUUAUGUUGAGAAGGACUAAAAAUAGCACAGACAAUGAGGGCAGACCAAUUCUUAAUUUACCCCCUACAAAUAUUGAAGUAAAAUAUUGUGAUCUGUCUGAGGCUGAGAAGGAUUUCUAUGAAGCUCUAUUUCGCAGAUCUAAGGUAAAAUUUGAUCAAUUUGUGGAGCAAGGAAAGGUUCUGCACAACUAUGCUUCAAUUCUGGAGUUACUUUUGCGCCUUCGUCAAUGCUGUGACCACCCAUUCCUUGUUAUGAGUCGUGGUGAUACACAGGAUUUUGCAGACGUAAACAAGCUUGCAAAGCGUUUCCUGCGUGGUGGUAAUGGUCCUGUUAAUGGGGAUUCUUCUUACCUUCCCUCUAGAGCUUUCAUCGAAGAGGUUGUUCAAGAAUUGCAAAAAGGUGAAGGGGAGUGUCCUAUUUGCCUGGAAGCCUUUGAGGAUGCUGUAUUAACUCCCUGUGCUCACCGUUUAUGCCGAGAGUGUCUAUUAUCUAGUUGGCGUAGUGCAACAGCUGGUCUUUGCCCUGUCUGUAGAAAAUCGAUGAGCAAGCAAGAUCUUAUAACUGCCCCAACUGAUAGCCGCUUUCAAAUUGAUGUUGAUAAAAACUGGGUUGAAUCUUCCAAGAUAUCUGCUCUCCUGCAGGAGUUGGAAGUUCUUCGCAGUUCUGGUGCCAAGAGUAUCGUGUUUAGUCAGUGGACUGCAUUUUUAGAUCUGUUGCAAAUUCCACUUUCAAGGAAUAACUUUUCAUUUGCUAGGCUGGAUGGGACGUUGAAUCUUCAGCAAAGAGAGAAAGUAAUCAAGGAGUUCUCUGAGGACAGAGGCAUUUUGGUUCUGCUUAUGUCUCUGAAGGCUGGUGGUGUUGGUAUCAACCUUACUGCUGCAUCUAGUGCGUUUGUCAUGGACCCUUGGUGGAAUCCUGCUGUUGAGGAACAAGCUGUCAUGCGCAUCCAUCGAAUUGGUCAGACAAAGACUGUUUCUAUCAAAAGAUUCAUUGUGAAGGGCACUGUUGAAGAAAGAAUGGAAGCCGUGCAGGCGCGUAAGCAAAGAAUGAUUUCUGGAGCCUUGACGGAUCAAGAAGUCCGCACAGCACGUAUAGAAGAACUGAAGAUGCUUUUCUCUUGAGACGGCAAAAGGGCUGCUAUGGUCAGCAUUCUCACACACUGCAUCCAUGGCAAACACAGGAAGUUCGGCAUCCCCCCACCCCCACCCACCCAAAAGCCGAAAAGGAAGGGCAAAGCGAGGGUAAGAGUUCCGAUUGCUGCUGUCUAGAUAUCUUCCAUCUUCCGGCGCUUAGCUGUUGUUGUACACAUGAUUUUGUAUGUAUCAUGAACAAAACUUGAGAGUCGGCAGAAGAAAAGGUGUACCUGCGCAUUCUUUUCGGAACAGGUAUAUAUAAUGAGCAUGAUUAAUGCCUGCCAAGAGUCCAAGACGCUUCCCCGAGUGGGACAGCAACUGAAAGGAACAUGGAAGGUGACGUGCUCCUACCAAGAUAAUCUAUAUAACUUCAAUGAUU